UCAGUUUCGGUCGGUCCUCAAAUUUGCCAAACUGGACUCGCAGACAAGAUCCAUCACAGCUCUCUCAAAUGAAGGCAGCAACAGUCGGUUCUUCAGCCUUGCCGACGCGAAACCGAAUGACAUCAUGAAGGCCUUCUCCUCUGAUCACCAAGGCUAUGAGUUAACAGAAAUUGGCUCAUCGCCACUUCUGGAACACCCGUCGCCGAGAAGGACCGGGAAAAUUAGAAACGUCAUCCGCAGACCUUUCUCGGAUUUCAAAAAGGACGUUGCCUCUAUACAAUGGGGUCGCGACCUGGGCCUCUUCGUAUGGUUGGGUGGUAUGAUUUCGGGCCUGACGUUCCUAGGUCUCAGCACGUAUUCGACUUCAGUUGAUGCCUGUUCACCUGAUGGUGAAUUCACAUUAUGGCCCGGUGAUUUCAACUACUGGCACUCGUCCAACUUUUUCCAGAUCAACUUUGGAUUCGGCAGAUUGACUUUUGCGCAGGCAAAGGCUAUUGAUGUUGUUUGGGAUGUCGUCGUUGGUCGCGCGGGACAGGCGCUUUUGGCUAUCGUAUCGUGGCAGGUCUUCGCUAGAUAUCUUACCACUUCCAUGGGGAUCCAGCCCGUAACAUUCAACACAUUCAGCGCAAUUUUCCUUCACAAUGAACCAACCAUAAUGUCACUUUUCCGUAUAUCCCGCGACUUUACGACGCGGCAGCGCCUGCGGUCGAAAAUUGCAAUGAUCUUUAUGCUUGUCACUAUGGGAUACAUACUAGCCUUCCCAACCAUUGCAAGCGCCAUGACGGGUUAUAAUGGGAAUGUUGCAGCUUUUGUUCCCGAUAGCAGUGGAAACUUUGUCAAGUUCGAAAGUUUCCAGCCCGUUUUGUAUGUCAUACACGAUGGUGAUCGAAUCAACAAAACCAAGGAUUUCGCAGUGACACCAUUCGCUUCGGGUCACAACCAGCCUUAUUUGACGCAUGACUCGAUCAAUGGGCUCGAGAAUGACAAUUUCUACAUGGCGGGUUCGCUUGCGUCAGCUGACGCGCCUGCAUACUACUUCGCAUGGAAUGUAUCGCUUUACGUUGAAACGUAUGGAUUCCUGGGGCUUGGUAGCGCAAACUCAACUGACGGAAAGACCAAAUUUCUCAACCAAACGCUUGAAUCGCCGCCUCUCAAUAUCUCUGCAUACUACAUCCCUGCUCAAUUUUCUCAUUAUUGGUUCGGUCCAGUAUUUUAUGGCUAUGAUUAUAGACUGAACGACAAUUAUCCGUUUCGUGACCCUCGCAACAUGAGAUGGACUUGGGAACAGCAGGUAGUAAACUAUACCUACGUUGAGAACUCUGCCCAGUGCCAGGCAACCAAAGAUUUUCAAUGGGGUUUCUCGUUCUUACAACUCUUCAUCGCCACAGCAUGGGUGUUUGUAUGGAGCAUUGGCAUGUUCACCAUGUGGCUGAAGACGCACAAGCUUCGUUCCGCACAAGAUCAGCACGAAAUCGCGGGUGAAUACAAGGCAAUCCUUCAACUGGCCUCGGCGAUACAUGACAACUUCCAAUCGUGCCCUGAAGGCGGUGAUACGAACCCAAACCGACUCACCGAGAGUGAUCUAAAAAACCGCAUCAACAAGGUGCUGAAGGGGGGAGUCAUAAUGUAUCAGAAACCUCCUGACGUUGGUCAGGUGAACUUCUGGGAGGUUUUCCGACAAUGGCUCGCAAGGGAAAAGUGGUGGAUACCAGUGUGCCUAGUCGUUCUCACAUUUAUGGGAACGGGAUUCAUGUUGGAGAUGACCUUUUGGAUAUGGUCGUUCGGGCCAGGCGUGGGCAUCAUUUGGGCAAUGUCGUUUUGCUCGACCCUGGGGAGUCGGCUACUUAUGGUCGUGCUGUGGAGCCUGCUGUUCCUGGUUGUCGCUCUCAGCUUGCGGUUGGCCAUUUCCUUGUAGGACAGGUCGAUGUUACCACUU